AUGGCUGACAGCGAGAGAGCCGACAGCCCGCUAGAAUUGACCUCAGCAGAGUCCAAGAAGUCCACCUCGUGGUGGCGUCGGGCAGUGGGCCUGGUAUGGGAUUCUGUGGAGGGCGAUGAAAGAAACAGAAGAUAUGUGCAGAAGCUGGACACCUUCCUCUUCUCCUAUAUCUGUCUCGGAUACUUCAUCAAGGUCCUCGACCAGAACAACUAUAGCAAUGCCUUUGUCAGUGGCAUGAAAGAAGACCUUGAUAUGAAUGGCAACGAACGCAACUGGCUGGUGACCUACUUCAACCUCGGCAUCAUCGUUGGUACUGUGCCGGCCCAGAUGAUCCAGCUCCAGUACGUCCGGCCGUCGAUCUGGAUACCUGCUUGUGAGAUCGCAUGGUCAGCCUUGGUAAUGGCCAUGGCGGCGGCCAAAAACACCAAAACUCUUUAUGCCUUACGCUUCUUUGUCGGUCUUCUCGAAUCCUGUUCGUUCCCUGGCUAUUCUGCUUUGCUGGGCGGAUGGUAUGGACCCGGCGAAUUGACCAAGCGAGUCGCCAUCUUCGAGCAAACCACAGCCAUUGCCAGCAUGUUCAGUGGAUACCUCCAGGCUGCACUGUACAAAAGCAUGAAUGGAAAGCACGGUCUGGCCGGAUGGAGAUGGUUGUUCAUUAUGGAUGGAAUCAUUUCCAUUCCCAUUGCCAUCUGGGGCUUUUUUGCCAUUCCAGACCUGCCCCACACGACGAGAGCGUUUUACUGGACCAAAGAUGAUAAGGAGUAUGGUGUAAAGCGCAUUGAGAAGAUUGGAAGAGGUGCGCCGCGUCGGCUGACGUUCAAGAUCAUCAAGAGCGUCUAUCUCAACUGGCGUCUCUGGGUGUUUAUUGCUCCAUACCUGUUCGUCGGAUUGGGCGGCAAUGGGUCGAAUUACUUCAACUUGUGGCUCAAAGCUGAAGGCUACUCCGUCUACCAGACAAACGUUCUUCCGACGGCGGGAAAUGCUCUCAACGUUGUGACUGCAUUCAUGAUCGGCAUUUUCGUGGACCGGACGGGACACCGGCUCAUCGUGGUCAUCGUGGUCGAGUUGUUGCUGAUGCUCUCCAAUAUAUUGCUCUCCGUGUGGCAUAUCCCAAAGAGUGCAUUGCUGUUCGCCUUUUAUAUAUCCUUCAUCAGCGGCGGCGUUCAGCCCGUCAUUAUCGCAUGGGGCUAUGAGCUCAACGGCCAUGACGCCAACCUGAGGCAGCUGCUGGUUGCCACUGGGAACAUCUUCACCUACACUUUCUCAAUGUUUCUUCCUCUGGUCCUCUUCCCAACUUAUGACGCUCCACAUUACAAAUAUGGCUAUCAAAUCUUGAUCAUGUUUUGCGGUCUCGCUAUCAUCGCGGCCUUCGUUCUGAAGUUGCAGGAUAUACGUGAAAGGUAG